AUGAUAGAUCCUUCCGCUGUACAUCGUUUUGCUGACAUCGAGUGUUUUAUAGUCAAUGUUACAACAACAACAACAACAACAAGGAGAGCGCCUGCGUUGCGUUCGUCUUCGACCACCGAGACUCCUCCAGGUACCGCCAUUUUGUCACCAGGCGGGCAACAGCAGUGGACCACGACGGAUCUCUUCAAUCAGUCACUGAUCCCUGCAAACGAAUCUUUGGCAGAUCCAAACGCCAGGUCAAAAGUGGAGCUGGUGCUGGUGGUGGUGCUGCCCACGGUGUCGUUCGUGGUGGCGGCGGCGCUGGCGGCGGCCAUGAUGUACCAGCGCUGCGGCUGCGCGGGCUGGCUGCGCCGCAAGCUGGGCGAGGGCCGGCUGCGGCCCGUCUACAGCUGCCGCGGCGUCUACAAGGCCGUCAGCAUCGACAGUAGCAGCAGCCGCAUCACUCGGGUGUCCUUCCCGGCCUUACAGGAGCGCAGCAUACUCUACGUAGAGAAGGAGAUAGAGGAGGCGAAGGCUCGCGGCGAGGUGGACACGUUCGAGGUGAGCUACGAGCGACUGCAGCUGGGCCGGCAGAUCGGCAAGGGCGACUUCGGGCGCGUCUUCCUGGCGCGCGCUGAAGCCGUGGGCGGCGUGCCCGGUUGGCGCACCGUCGCUGUCAAGAAACUCAAGCAUGAGGUAAGUAGUGAUGAGGUGGAGGAGUUCCAGGCGGAGAUCGCGAUGCUGAAGCACGCGGGCCGGCACCCCAACGUGGUGGAGAUGGUGGGCUGCUGCACGUUGCGGCCGCCGCUCUGCAUCCUGAUGGAGUUCGUGCCUUGCGGCGACCUGCUGCACUACCUGCGCCGCCUGCGCGUCGAGUACGAGCGCCGCACGGGCGCGCCGCUACCCUUCUCCAGCACCCGCGCCCGGCCCGCGCCCGCCCCCGCUCCCGUGGCCACCCUAGCCGCCACCGCGGCGGCCUCCGCCGUGCUCCCCGCCGCCCCCACCGCCGGCACCGGUGGCAGCCACGAGCCGCGCUACAUCGACCUGUUGCUGUCCUCGGACUCGGAGAGCUCCUACGUGCAGCCCGACCCGCGGCUCAGCUUCUCGUCGAGCGGGCGGCCGUCCAUCGCAGAGACCGAGUGGAGCCUGGUGAGCAGCGACGGCGGCGCGCCCUCCACCCCCACGGAGCGGAGUCCUUGUCCGGGGCGCCUGGGCCACGGGCUCGACUACGUGCUGGACCCGGCAGAGCUGCAGAGUUUUGCCGUGCAGAUCGCGCGCGGCAUGGCCCACCUCGAGCAGCGGCACAUCACGCACAGGGACCUGGCGGCGCGAAACAUCCUCAUCGACGAGCACAAGACGCUCAAGAUCUCCGACUUUGGGCUGUCGCGGUCGGGCAUCUACGUGAACACGCGCGGCAAGAAGGUGCCGCUGCGCUGGCUCAGCGUCGAGGCCAUCCGCGACAACCUCUACUCCAGCAAGAGCGACGUCUGGGCCUACGCCAUCGUCCUCUGGGAGAUCGGCACUCUCGGAGGCUUCCCGUACCCGACGGUGAGCGACCACGAUCUGCUCAGGUUCCUGCUGGAAGGUCGCAGGCUGGAGAAACCGGACAACUGCACCGAUGAACUGUACUCGCUGAUGAUGAUGUGCUGGUCGCACAACGCGGACGACCGGCCGUCGUUCGCGACCAUCUCGAAGCACCUGGAGGGCGCCCUGGGCCGCAGACCUGUCUACGUCGACUUCUCCAACCUGAGUCCAGACUACACGUUCCCUCCCACCGAACAGCAACAGCAGCAGCGGCAGCAGCAGCAGCAGCAGCGGCCGUCUUUCAGGAUGUGAUAUCAGCAGACGGCUCAGCCAGAGUAUGCCUUCCUGCCCCCGACAGGGCAGCUGCAGCAGCGGCAGCCGUCCAAGAGACCCAAGGCGCCAGGCAGACCGACCGGGCGCCACCGAGUCCCGCACCGAACAGCUGCUGCAGCGGCGGCUGCAACCUCAACCGCGGUCAACAUCGUGACGUCACACGGAGUUGAGCCAGUCAUUAUACACUCUUCCACUGAACACUAGCAGAGUCAGAAACAACAGUCGUCGGCGUCACCUUCCAGGAAAUGAUGUCGCCAUGGAGUACCACACUUUUCCUCACACCAUCCAGAGACCACGGCUAUCCUUCAGAAAACUGCAGCUCGGACUACAUGUUAACUACAAUAGCAACAGCGGCAUCAGCGGUCUGUACAAUGUGAUACAACCAGAAAACUGAAGACCCUGGUAUCAUUCUGCGUGUAUGAUGCCCAAAUGUACUUUAUUCCUCCUACAAAUCAGUGGUACAAUAGGAACUAUCACUUUACGGCUUCCAUGUACAGCAUUCACCUGUGUGCCCAGUUACACUGAACAUUUGUCCCAAUAAAGCGUUGCCGUAAGCAGCACCUUCAUUACCAGCCCACAUAUGGACAGUUUAGCCUGAAUUCAGUGUGGUCCUCCUCUCAGAACCUCAGCCAAGUAUAGGACAACUCAGAAGUCGUUGUGAGGAAGUUAGACCACCAACAGUGCAACUCAGAAUGUACAGGCUCGGAAAAAUAAAACUGACUCGCAAAAUAUUUCAUCCACAUUGAUGUAGACACCCCAAAUUACUUAGUCCGCUGCGGAUCACUUACAUGGUUUGCCUGCCAUAAGGUUCAUGAAACAUUUUCUGAGCCAGUUUUAUUUUGGACACCCUACAAAACACCAAUAAAGGACUGACAGCAGUGUUCGUCCUACAAGUCAGUGUCAGAAAGACAACGUUCUGAUCAGUGCCCAGGAAGCUUCUGGCUGGCAUCAUAAUCAGUUGUUGGCAAUCAGAUGAAAGACUGAUUUACAACAGAAUGACUCUGAGCACAACAUAACUCCGAGAACUAACAUUGUGACACUUAACCUCGCUGACAAAUUCUGCAGUUGGGGCAGUAUGAUGCCAGUGUUACGUCGUCAGCAGUGUCGGAUCUAAAAAGUUUCUGACGCUGCUACUGCUCACAAGGACAACACGCUGGUAUGGUUCCCUGACUCCCCAAAAUAUAUCGGGAAACAUGGUGAACAGCUUUUUAGUCGACAGACGAAAGUGCAGUUUCUACCAUAGAGGCUUUGAGUACACCUAACUCCAUGUACAAGGCACGCCAAAAAAUAGCACUGAGGCGACCAAAGCUGCACCAUCACGACAGUUACCAAGUGUGUAUUCACUUCUCCAUCAAAAACAGAGUGACUGAAACAAGUCCAGCAAGAUAUAGCCACCUGCGGCAAGCGGCGGAACAGAGUGGUAAAAGCAGGUGCUAACCACACAGUCACUGACCAAGUCAGCUCAACUGAGGCCACAUUGGCGUCGGUUUUUAUGUAUGGCCAUAGACACGUCUUGUCACAUAUGCUUUGUUCAUUUAUCACGAUUUCAGAAACUUGGUGUUCACUGAUUGUCCAGCUGUCAUUACUGCUUCAAAUAUUCAAAGAAAAGCUUUUGAAAGCAAAGUUUUUGGACAAUGUGAUUAACGAUAUUAGGCUAGGGUUAUACAGCCAGCUGUUCAGAAUUUUGAUUCAGACGUAUCUAAAUCAAGUUAUAAUGUUAAUGUCAUCAUACAGAACUAUUUGUGUGAGGCAGUCUAAAGAACAUUAGACUUUAUUGUUUAAAUUGAUGUUUGAUGUUUCUGUUUUGGAUUGUUAAAAUUCAGUGCGCCGAAGAAUAUAAAAUUCUCACAUUAUGUGGCACUUGAAUUAGGAUUUCUCUGCAAUGAUUUGUAUAUAUUCCAGUUCCGAUCACAAAAAUUACGCCUUUAUGAAACGAAGAGCUUAAGCAUUCAAGCUGAUGUGUACAUAGCAGAUUAAUAAUACAUGUUUAUGACAUGAGCGUAUAGCAAGUGAACAAAAGAAAGGCAAAAUAUAUGAAAGGUAAAACAAACUGGUAGAUGUAAAUAAUGAUACGAAAUGUCUGUGUAUGUCUGUGUGCGUAUUUAUGUGUAUAUCUGAAGCUCGAGAAACAAAUGUUACAUUUUCUUCCUCAUUGCAGUUGAAUGUAAAAGUAUGUUGAACUCCGAAGUGCUGUCAUUUAGUUUGUGUGCAUGUCUGACUUCGUUUAAGUGGACUAAGUUAAUUCGUUGUAAGAUACAGUGCAGAUAUAUUGUGUGUUUCUGAGUACUCAUAAAUGCUUUCAGAAGUCCUACGACAUUUGUUCCUUGGCGUUACAGAAAUGGAGCUUCUCAAAUCACACAGGCUGUGAUUUCAUUACUUACAGAAUGAAAUUCAUCUUCUUUUUAAGCCUGAAACAUCUUGUUUCCAGUUUAUUGAAUUUAAUACUUAAGAGACCAAAUGUUAUGAGCUUAGAAAUUUAAAAGUAAGGAAGGUCUGGAAAACAAAUACAAAUUAUGUAUGAGAAAUAAGAUAUAGUCGAAGUUGCUCCUAGACGGUCCAGUGGUUGUAAUGUUAUGAAAACACGGAACAGUUUCAUAUUAAUCACACAUUCUAAGUUGAACACAUUCAUUUUCUUAACAAACAAUCUUCUUCCUCUUCACGUUGAGAAACUUCACGAAGUCCUGCAAUCGAUGCUGUAGCAAUUCAAAGCUACUACUCAAUGAAAAACAGCUCUCUGCUUAUUUUUUAGUGCAUAAUUUUUUUAUGUUGACUCGAGACAGCAAUUUCAAUGGAUAUUCACUUUGAAAAAUGCUUAGGAAUAUGCACUCGUUUCCCUAUAUGGUAACCACUUUCUAAAACUAUUAAUAAACCCUUCUUGCGGUACCAUUCUAAAAAACUAUCACUCAAGAAAUUCCACUAAUUGUGUUGGCAAAUAUCUUGUAUAAUUGCGUAAUUAUUGUCAUUAUAUGUAACAGGAAUAGACGAAUGUUUGGCCAAUACAUUUUAAUAAAAUCUGAGUGAUAAAUAGUUUACUUGUCAAAUUUUGUCAUGUUGUAAAUUUAGGAAAGACAGCACUUCUAUGCACUGACCUCGUUAUAUAAGCAAACAUUUUCAUCAAACCGUGUCAUCAUUGUAAAACUUCCUGACGGAGUAAAACUAUCUGCCCGACUGAGACUAGAACUGGAGUUCGUGUCUUGGUGCGGCACACAGUUUUAAUUCGCCAGCAAGUUUCAUAUCAGCGCACUCUCGGUUGCAGAGUGUCAUCAUUCUAAUUUGUUCAUUUAAUUGUUACAAUUCCUUUACCCCACAAGAAAGUAUGCAUAUAUAAAUGGAGUAAAUGUUCAUUGGAAGAAAAUCAUUGUCUUUACACGAAUCAGCCUUAGUAGUUAAGUAUCAGUCAAAUCUUCAUCACAUUCACACCCCAAAAUUUACCGAUUGGGACAAGUUCUCUGUUACUUAUGACAGAAAAAACUGCAGAGGCCAUUCUAAAGUGUACAAAAGUUUGUGUAUGAACCGUCUGUGAUUACAUGACUUGUAUAUUGACUUUAGUGACAUAUGGACCUUCAAUUCUCUAUGUUUUUAUCUGUUAAAAGACAAAUUAUCGAUGUAAGACUUUUGACUAAAGCAUUUAUUUUUUUGUCUG